AUGCCCAAACUGACCAAGAUGAGCACGUGCAGCUACUACUCUUCAGGCGACCAAGCGGCAGAGUGCGGCCGGCGGAGCGGUGACCAUCGCUCGCAGCGGAUCGUGGGCGGAGAGCGGGCGGUACACGGCGAGUGGCCCUGGCAGGUGUCGCUGCACCAGCGGAACCCGCACACGGGCCAGCUGCUGAGCCAGCACUGCGGCGGCACCCUGAUCGGCCCCAGCUGGGUGCUCACCGCCGCGCACUGCAUCGUCGACCCGCUGUUCGGGUUCACCAUCCCGCCCGUUUUCUGGAUCGUCAAGAUGGGCCACAUUGAGCUGAGUGACAGGCAGCCGCCGCACCUGGCCGGCGUCUCCAAGAUCAUCACGCACAAGUACUUUGACGCCAAGACAUGGAACCACGACAUCGCGCUGGUGAAGCUGCGGGAGCCGCUGGCGUUGGACCAAAUGACUGGUGUCAACACCGUCUGCCUGCCGGGUGCCAGUGCCAGCUUCGAGGGCCACCUCUGUCACGUCACCGGCUGGGGCAAGGUCACCGAAAAUGGUUCGGAUUCCGAGCUACUUCAGAAGAUUGCCGUGCCGGUCAUUCCUUACAACGACUGCUAUAAAAAGUACGAGAGCAUCAACCCCAUCACGCCGGGCAUGGUGUGUGCCGGCGGCGACCAGCCCAACAAAGGCCCUUGUGUGGGCGACUCGGGAGGCCCGCUGCAGUGUCGGCGCGAGGACGGCGCCUGGGUCCAGAUCGGGGUCACCAGCUGGGGCGUCGGCUGCGCUCGACAAAACUACCCCAGCGUGUACGUCAAGAUCUCAGACUACGUUAACUGGAUCUACUUCCACCUGGCGAAGGACUACCUGGCCGGACUGCGCGCCGCCCGUACGCCCCGGGCACCGCACCGGACCGACGGCCGGACGUUGUGACCCGGUGUACUGACGUCACGCAUCGCCGCCGGUGGCCGUGGGUGAUGGGCUGAGCCGUUCGAGUGAGGAUGAGUGGCGAAGUGACCCGUCUGCCGGACGCGGCGCGGAAUGCGCCGUAUCACCGCGGCGGCGGCGGCG